AUGAUAAUUGGAGCAAUUAAAAUUAAGGAUGGUCUUUUUAUUGGGGAUGAAUUUGCAUCCAAAGACCUUGAAUUUGUGAUAUAAAAUAAGGUCAGUCACAUAAUAAAUUGUGCUGCAAAAUAAUUGCCUUGCGUAUUCGAAAACUAUGGAGUUUCAUAUCUAAAAUUCAAUUGGUAAGAAAAUGAGCAGCAAGUUUUAUUCUAGAAUGACAACGUCAAUGAAAUAUAUCAUUUUAUAGAAUAAGCACAUGUCAAUGGUGAGUCAGUCUUAGUACAUUCAGUUAGAGGUUAGUCAAGAUCAUGUUGUGCAUUAGCAGCAUAUUUUAUGAGAAAAUAUAAAUGGAAAUUAUACAAGACUCUUGAGUUUUUGAAUACAAGAAGACCUGAUUUAGAGAUAAGGGCUAGUUUUUAUCAUCAAUUAACACAAUUAGAAUCAAAAUUAAGUAAGAAAGGUGAAGGUGGACUAUCAAGUUCUUGGUAACCUCAUGAAGAACAAGAUCUACCACUAGAAGAGGAUGAAAAAUUACUAAGAAAUACGUUCUAGAAUUCAAAAUCAAGUGCUGCUGACUCUUGUUGGUUAGAUAGAAGAUUAUUUAAUUAAUAUUUGAAUGAAAAUAGACCAAGAACCAUUACUUGGGCAGAUGAAACUCUUGUGAAAAAGUCCUAAAAGAAGAUGAAAUAGAAUGCUACUAAACCCGCUGUUAGAUUAAAUAAUUAAAAUAAUAUAAACGGAAAUGUUUAUCAUGUAACAGUUAAUAAUUAUGUAACUUUAAAAGAGGAAUAAGAAAAAUGCAAUACUAGUUUAAAUUCAAGAGAAUCUGCCUAAAUGUCUCUAAUCAAACCAAGCAGUGGAACAAUUAAAAGAUAAUAAAAUGAUAGUCUCAAAAAACAUUAAGAACUAAAAUAAAAGUUAUCAUGCAAAUCUUAAUCCGUGAAACAAUAGAAAAGAGACCCCAGUGAAAGACCAAGAUCAGCUUAUGCUUAGCCUGAACUCUAGCCAAUGCCUAAUUUGCCAAAACCAACUACUGGACUUGCCUAUAGAUAAUAUUCGCCCUUAGUCAAAGGUAAUGCCAUCCCAAAAGCAAAUCAAUUAAUUGCUACAAGCAAAAAUAAAGGGUGGAGAUAUCCAUCUCCUGGUUAAAUUAAAAACGAUGAGAGCAUUAUUUAAUCCAUAAUUAAUAGUAAGCCAGUUUGGAAAUGA